UCAGGUGUUUCCUGUCCCAAGGUCAAGCUGCUAAAGAAUCAAGAAACAUACAACAUGAGAGGAAUUCUUGGUUCCUCAGCAAAUCCAAUUGAGCCUAGACUCAGAGUUUCUACACCUAGUGAAGAAGCCAACAAAAAAAAGUUAUUAAGAAGUAAAAGUUCCAGAGAUGGGGAAAAGGUGCUCUAUAGUCCCAGGCAGGAGAGACUUUUGAACUGUAAAUUCACUACUUUAAAGCUUGUCUUGGGCAUUAUUAUACUGGGAGCAUUUUUGAUGACCUUACACUCCCUAACAAUUUAUGAAGCAGAAAGUGCAUCAGCCUCUGGCUCUGGUCCAAAUUUGGUAAAUAGAUGGACAAGAGAUAUUACUGCUGCAGAUGGACGCUAUGUAUCUCUUUUAGCUAUUAACUGGGAUGAAGUGUCCAAAGUUGUUAAUAGACUGACUGAUAGAAAUGACUACCGGGGAAUAGGAUUGCUAAACUUCCAUGAAAGUGAAAUCGGUCAAUGGAAGCUGUUCUUUCCAGAUGCUGAGCAUGUUCUUCUUAACCUCGAGAGUGUCACCAGUGAUGUUACAUGGGAUACAUUAUAUCCUGAAUGGAUAGAUGAAGAAGAAGAAUACGAGGUUCCCACAUGUCCUACUCUGCCAACGAUUCAGUUUUCUGGUAAACCACGUAUUGAUUUCAUAGCAGUGAAGCUUCCCUGCAACAAAUCUGGGGAGUGGUCAAGGGAUGUGGCUCGUCUGCAUUUGCAGCUUGCUGCUGCUGGACUUGCUGCAACUGCAAAAGGAUCUCAUGCAGUUCAUAUCCUUCUGGUCACUGAUUGUUUCCCAACACCUAAUCUCUUUAGUUGCAAAGAGCUGGUUGCACGUGAGGGUAAUACGUGGCUUUAUGAACCAAAUUUACAUACACUAAGAGAUAAGCUUCACCUUCCAGUGGGAUCUUGUGAGCUUACAGUUCCUCUCAAGGCUAAAGAGAGCUGGCAUACUGGAAAUGCGCACCGAGAAGCAUAUGCAACAAUCCUGCACUCCGCACAUGUUUACGUCUGUGGGGCUAUUGCUGCAGCUCAGAGCAUCCGCAUGGCAGGUUCGACGCGAGAUCUUGUCAUUCUUGUUGAUGAGACCAUAAGUGAGUAUCACAGAGGAGGUCUGGAAGCAGCAGGCUGGAAAAUCAGGACCAUUCAAAGAAUCAGAAACCCAAAAGCUGAACGAGAUGCUUAUAAUGAAUGGAACUACAGCAAAUUCCGCCUCUGGCAGUUGACAGAUUAUGACAAAAUCAUCUUUAUUGAUGCGGAUCUACUGAUACUUAGAAACAUUGAUUUUCUGUUUGAGAUGCCAGAGAUAUCUGCAACGGGGAAUAAUGGUACACUUUUUAAUUCAGGCGUGAUGGUGGUGGAGCCAUCAAAUUGCACAUUCCAGCUGCUAAUGGAUCACAUCAAUGAGAUUGAGUCAUAUAACGGUGGAGACCAGGGUUACUUGAACGAAAUCUUCACGUGGUGGCACAGAAUCCCAAAACACAUGAACUUCUUGAAACAUUUCUGGAUGGGAGAUGAGGAGGAGAUCAAAGAAAUGAAGACACGUCUAUUUGGAGCUGAUCCUCCGGUGCUCUAUGUUCUUCACUACCUGGGGCUGAAACCAUGGUUAUGCUUCCGUGACUAUGAUUGUAACUGGAAUGUGGACAUUUUACAGGAAUUUGCGAGUGAUGUUGCGCAUAGGACAUGGUGGAAGGUCCAUGAUGCAAUGCCAGAGAACUUGCAUCGCUAUUGCUUACUGAGGUCCAAGCAGAAGGCAGCACUAGAGUGGGAUCGCAGGCAAGCUGAGAAAGGCAAUUAUUCAGAUGGCCAUUGGAAGAUUAAGAUUCAAGACCCUCGUUUAAAUACUUGCUUCGAAGACUUCUGUUUCUGGGAGAGUAUGCUAUGGCAUUGGGGUGAUAAGAAUUGGACAGAUAAUGCAACGGCUACGUCAACACCAAAAACGAUCCCAACAGCUUCUCUUCCUUCCUAGUCAUGCGGUCUUCUGCACUUUUAUAUACCCAAUAUACAACUGUAAAUGACACGUACGUCAGAAUUCUGGAAAAUUACCGGGGUUUAGAUAAAGUCAGAAUGCAUUCGUUUGGUCUUCAACUUCUUGAUGCUGCAAUUUUCAUAGGAGUAUGUCUGACUAUAGAUGUUUCAUAACAAAGAUCUUGCAAAUAUAAGGUUUUGGGUAUUCUGAGACACCAUUUUUUCCACUGUGACGGUACAAAUGAAGGUUUGUUAGCUUUUGGGGCUGACUGAUGUUUGGUCCCCUUCAUCAUUCUUCCUCAAGCUCAGCUGUCUCUCAAGUUUGGUAGUUGCAUUUGAGGCUGAUUCUCUUUCCUCUUCGUUUUAUCUGCCCAUUGACAGAAAACAGUAUAUGUUAUGAAAAUGACUGGAUAGCAGAAUCAAGACUUAUUUGUUUCAA